AAUGACAUUUCCUAUGCCGCUAGAGAAGGUAGCACUGCCCUGGGACUCCGGAGCAGACCGAAGGGAGGUCUGAGCACUGGAGGGGACCACUUUGCCUUCCCCUUCCCGGCGUCUUUUGUGGGGAUCAGCAAGGAGGCAUGAGUGCAGAAGCGCAGGAGGAGGACGCUGCGUCCAGCUUGCUUCUGGAGGACAUCCAGAGACGGCUUCGGAGCGCUUUCCGCAGUCCCAUCUCACCCCAGGACGUCCCUUCGCUGUCACGGGCGCCUGGGAAGCAGCAACAGGAACCGCAGCAGUCCUGGGAAGGCUCUGCGAGGCGGGCCACUGCCGUGCAGGAGUUGCUGCGCAGCGCGCACAUAGACGGAGCCAUCGCUUGGCUGCGGGCAGAACUGUUGGAGAUGUGCUUCCAGAACUGGCAGCUCACCAGCACCUUGGUGAACUUAAACUUGGAGAUGCAGCAACUGAAGAUUGAAAAUGAACUGUCCACAGCUUCUGAAUGUCCAACCCUGGGAAAGAUCAUUAUGAGCUCGGAAUAAUAAAGUAUGUGUCAGGAGACAUAAAGCCCAAAGACAAAAUAUAUUUUCCACAAAUAAUUCUGACACAAAUAUCAUGAGCUUCUACCCGUGUACAUUUUGAAAAGUUCCAUGGGAAAUAGAAGAAAAGAACAUGGGCCAUGGAUGGGGCUGCUUUGACUUCUUUCCCCAUGCAUCCCCUACUGGUUCCAUUUAUCUUUUGCUAAUUUAGCUAUCCAAGGUCAUCUCAGAUUUCAGAAGUGGUGUCCCCUGUAGCUGGUUAUUCAUCACUUCACAUUUUGGAGAGUCAAUUUUCCUCUUGUUGAAUGAAAACAUUUAAAAUAAUCUUUAAAACACUGCAUCCUUUUUGAUUAUUGUACA